UUCACGGUCGAGAGUCGAGAUGGGCCUGGUAUAGUCAGGUGCCAAAUCUUACCAUGUAUAUACUAAAUUAUAAUAUAUAAUUUCAUUAGAAUUGCACAAAUAUUCUACCCUUUCCUUUUGUAAAGGAGUUUUAAGCUUUAAGCAAUAAGAUAGCUAUUUCCUGAUGCCCACUAUUAAGGUAGCACAACAUGAGCAUAUAUUCCCAACUUUGAGGGGUGGCUUUCACAGAAGAAUAAAAAUACACUAGCAUUUCUGAAUAUGGAGACUACAACUGCUGUAAGCAGAAGCAGCAGGUCUUCUUCAUAUGAGAGACUUCUAGCUAUCAUCUUCACCAUAGUGGCUGUGAUCUCUCCUCUAUAUAUCGAUCGAAGAACCGAGAGUGAACUAGAAGAAGAAGAAGAAACAUUCAACUUGGCGUUUCUCCUGCCUCUCCUGCUCCUGGUUGUGAUUUUGGCCAUAUCUGUCUCCUGCUACCUAGAUCAGAACAGGUUCGAUCCUUACUGGAUUCACAGAGUUGGGGGCUCUUCGGGUGGAAUAAUACUCAUCCUUACCAUUCUUCUUCUAGUUUUGAAGUACAAGUCAUGAAAUUGCUUCCUAGUAAAAGCAGAUUCUUUUUUUUUUUCUUUUCUUUUCUAAUGUAGUUAUCAGCUUCAUAUUUGUUCAAAUGUUAUUAGUCAUCGUAUGUUAUUCAAGGGCAGCAUGAUUCAGUGAGUUCUUAUGUUUCUUUUAUCUGGGCUUACUCUAAUACUAUAACUUGUGUGUAUCUUAUUAUCUUACUAACUCCCUCCCGACGAAGGCGAGUAGGGUUAGUUAAUUAAGAUUUUUAUUUUUCUAUGUACAUACUAGUUCAAGGAGCUCAAAGUAUUUCAGCUAGCUCUUUAGUGCUUCAGGAAGGGAUUGUGGCAUUUUGUGCUGCAACAGCAAUUCAUGUUUUUUUUAUAUAUAUAUUUUUUAUUUUGA